AUGAAUUUAAGGACAUUGACUUUUUAAAAUCAAGAUUAAGAGGAAAAAUAUUUAAAUAAAGAGAAAUAAAGAAUUAUAGUCUUAUUUCGAUUAUAAUACUUAAUUCAUUUCCUCAUUAACUUCAUCUAUUUUGUCAACAAUUAAUUCUUUUUGAAAAAUUAAUUAGGAGCUUAUUUUAGAGCGGGAUUUUGCUUAUGGCACAUUGUUUGUAUGAUAUCAUAAGCUAAUAUAAAAAGAAUACAUUAUAAAUAAUUUAUUGCAAUGUCUGAAUUUUUAAGUUGUGUAAUAACUAUUCUCAUAACUUAUGUGUAUGUAUAGGCUUAAUUGAUUAAUACAUAAUGCGGAAAAUAGACUACUUCAUAAACUGUCAGCUCAGGCAUAUAAAUUGGAAUUAUUAUUAUUAGUUAUUUAUUAGUUUGUCCUUUGUGGUUCGUAUAAGGAUUAGUAUUAAAGGCUGCAACAUUUUUAUUUAUAGGAUUAAUGGGAAAUUUGGCAUCAAUAUAUUGGACAUUUUAUGUCCUUUUAUUAAUGAUGUUGGUAUUUUUUAGAUUAUUUGAAUAUUAUAAAAGAAUAGAUUUCUAUACAAUUUGCUAACAAACUUCAAAUAUACAUGCAUGCAAAAACAUUUUUGAUAAAACAAUUCCUAAUUCAAUAUUAAUAUUCACUGAGAAUAAUGAUAAUUUAUAAGAUUCUACUAAAUUAGUGUAAAGAAAUGAAGUUAAUUUAUAGUAAUGAAUUUGCAAUUAAAUAUUUAUAAGUGUCAGAUGAAAAUGAAAUCAUAAAAAAAUUAAAAAGCAUUUAUAUACAAAAUGAAUAAGAAUCUAUUUUGGAUACAUAUAAUUCAUUCGUAAGUAUUUAUGAUGUUUUAUAUUAAAAAAUGGGAUAAUUUGAAGAACAAUUCACUUAAUAAUUAAAUACAAAUUAAACUUCCAUUCUUUAGAACGAAUAUGAUAUAUCAAAUUUAAGUGAUUAUUUUUUAUGUUUUAGAUUUGAUUAUUAAAGUAAAGUAGCAUUAUCUUAAAAAUAAUAAUUAAAAAUGAAGUCACAUUUUGAAAUAAGAUUAUUACAUUGUAUAUGGGAAAAUAAACAUUCUAUUUUAGUUAUUAUGAAUGAUAUUUCUGAAAAAAUUAGAUCAAUACAUUUAAAAGAAUUAGAUCAAUAUAAAGAUAGAUUAUUAGCUACUGUAUCUCAUGAUUUAAAAACUCCAUUAAAUGGUAUGAUGAUUGGUAUUAAUAUAAUGUAAAAUAUCUUAUAAUAACCAUCAAGUAUAAUGAUUAAUAAUAUUAAAUAACUUUGCUCUCAUCUUGAUGAAUUUAAUUAAUCUGGUUAAUUAUUGUUAUCUAUGAUUAAUGAUUUACUUGAUUAUAGUUAAAUUAAUAAAGGAUAUUUAAGAUUAACUCCAAAGUCAUUCAAUUUGAAUAAUACAUUUAAAUUUAUUAAUUCUUUAUUACUUCGAUAAUCUAAUGAAAAAGGAGUUUAAUUGAUUUGGAAUAAUAAAGUAGAUCCAAACAACUCCGAUUAAUUUACUGAUGAAAAUAGAUUAAAAUAAGUCUUAAUUAAUUUAGUUGCCUAUAUACACAAGAAAUAAGAAAAUUUGAAUAAAUGUAAAAAUUAAAUUAAUCUCUUAUUAUAAUUGUUACUGCUUUUACAGGAGUCGAUGAUAAAAUUAAAUCUUAAAAAUGUGGAGCUAAUGAUCAUCUAGAUAAACCUUUAAAUAUGGAGGAUUUAAAAUAAGCUAUGA